UCAUCACUCAUUCCUGCGCUUUUUACCCGGAGCCACAAGCUCUCACCGCGUCCCUCAUCUUUCCCUCCCAAGAAGAGGAACAAGCAAGAGGUCUUGUGGAAUUCGCUUCCACCAUGGCCACCAAGCACGUGGACUCGUUCGACGAGCACGAGGUCGUCGACGCCGGCUGCGUCCGCGCCGUGCUGGGGGAGCUGGUCCUCACCUUCCUCUUCGUCUUCACCGGAGUCGCCGCAGCCAUGGCAGCCGGGGUGCCCGAGGUGCCGGGCGCGGCUAUGCCGAUUGCGUCGCUGGCCGGGGUGGCGCUCGCGCAGGCGCUGGCGGCGGGCGUGCUUGUGACGGCGGGGUUCCACGUCUCCGGUGGGCACCUGAACCCGGCGGUCACGCUCGCCCUGCUGGCGCGCGGGCACAUCACGGCCUUCAGGUCCGUGCUGUACGUGGCGGCGCAGCUGCUGGCCUCCUCCCUCGCCUGCAUCCUGCUGCGGUACCUCACCGGUGGCCAGGAUACUCCGGUGCACAGCCUAGGCGCAGGCAUGGGCCCGAUGCAAGGCCUGGUCAUGGAGGUCAUCCUGACCUUCUCCCUCCUCUUCGUCGUCUACGCCACCAUCCUCGACCCGCGGACCACCGUGCCGGGGUACGGGCCGAUGCUCACCGGCCUCAUCGUCGGUGCAAACACCCUCGCCGGCGGCAACUUCUCCGGCGCAUCCAUGAACCCCGCUCGGUCCUUCGGGCCCGCGUUGGCCACCGGAGUGUGGACAAACCACUGGAUCUACUGGGUCGGCCCGCUCGUCGGUGGGCCGCUUGCCGGUUUCGUCUACGAGUCGGUGUUCAUGGUCAAGAAGACGCACGAGCCUCUGCUCGGAUGGGACUUCUAGAGCGGCAGGCUGCUCCGCAUAUUUGCAUCGCAUUUUGCAAUGUGUAUACAUACCCACACGUGCCUAUUAGGGAAUCGAUGUUGCUGUUAAAUUAAAUUGUUCUGGCGGAGUGAUUCUAGGCCUAGGCGGAUGUAGAAAUGGUUCGUAGGAACUGCAAGGAUUGUUUUCUAAAAGCUUUGAUUAAGGCUGGCCGAGUAAAUACUACUAGAUUGUUUGGAAGAUGUAAAAUGUUAUGGACUGUAUCUUGAUGCAAGCUAUUGGUAAACGCCA